CCUCGAAUGUCCUCCUGACUCUCCUGCUGUGCACAGCUUUGCCCUGAGCCCAUGGAGCAUCUUCCGUGGCUUUUGCAUUGCCUUGGGGAUCUGCGAUGUUGAAGUGUCCGGAACCAAGAAGUUGGGAGUCCCAGGAGAAGCUGGAAAGAGAAGCCGCGUGAGAUAUGUCCCAGAGGCCUUGGAAGUGGUUGAAGAGGCGGAGGAUGGCACAUUCUCGGAGAACAUCGGCAUGUUUGCUGCCGGCGAGGAGCUGCUGGCCUUUAGGCGAGAGAUCUCCCGGAAGGCCCAACUGGACGAGUCCUUGCUGACUCCUAGUCACUCCUCGGCCUCCCAUCAGCCCCGGCCUGCACGACUCUUGGACAUUUUGCCCUUCGCCCCCUGGUGCGGGAAAUGCAUGCCACAAGCGCCGGAUGGGCAGCUCCCCCUCAAGCCUGAUGAGCUUGUCUUGGGCCAGGCUUCUGACAUCCAGGCCCUGACCGAGAACAUCAACGAGUAUGGCAUGAUAUGCCACUCACCCAAACGCGGUGCCGCAAGGCGAUCGCCUUUCUUGCGCCAGGAUGAGGGCAUGGUGAAGUUCCACAAUCGGCAAUCAAGGAUCGAACAGCUGGGCGAGCGACUCCACCUGACGGCGACGCAUCCAAUGAAGUUCUUCCAGCGCACGGUUGAGACGCCAGAGGACAUCGAGUUGAUGCCUGGGAUGACGCGGUCCCGUUUCUCGAAAGAUGAUUUCACGGGGUAUGACGUGAAGAUGAACCCUGAAGGUGACUCGAGCUCGGACACUGACGAGGACUCCGCCGACUCCAUCUCCCAAGUGCCGACACUUUUGAAGAAGUUCACCACCGAACAGGUGAGUCGGAUGGAGCUGGUGGCGCUCAACCAUGUGAAGAUCCAGGUCUUGAAAAAGCGCAUUGCUGAGGAAGGUGCACACUCAGUGCGGGCGCGUCGGACCUUCGUCCAAACGAAGUUCUCCUCUCUUUGGCAGCUCCUUCGGAUGCGGCAAGAUGGAUCGAUCACCGCUGAAGAGAACUACUACUUGAUGAUGCAAUUGAGAGGUCUGCCAUUCUUCAAUGAAAUUUCUUCAGAUUUGCAUGAUGCCAUCGUGGAGCAGACGACCACCCAAACCUAUGUGCCAGGUGGCUACCUUUUCCAGGAGGGGGACGAUGCCAACAGCUUGUUUUUGAUCCUGACUGGUCAGGUAAACCUCCGCAGCGAGACUCAUGUGGCCAUGGCCUACGACAAGGUCAAAAGCGCUCCAGCACUGCUCUUGCCGCAAGACCUCUUCAGCCAGUCUCGUGGUCAACCCUUUGUGCUGCGCAAGCAGAAGGAUCGCAUCCGCACGCAAAGCGCGGUCGCCAGCCUCCGCAACACUGCUACGAGCGAAGGCUCAGGGGGUCCCUCUACCACGGUGGCCUUCAUCUUCCCCGAGAGCAUCCUGGAGUUCGUGUCCAAACACUUUCGGGAGAAGGAGGCCGAAAACCGUUGGCACAUCGUGCGGCACUUCGCCAAGCAGCAGAGACUCUCUGUGCAGGUGUGCUCUAAGCACCAAGAAGUCUUCCAGGUCAUGGCCUUCCCGAGGAGCUAUUUGUUCAUCAAUGCCGGCAGCAAACCACCGUUGGAGGAGGCUCACCUCUACUUCGUCAUGGAGGGGGAGCUGUCAGUGGUCUAUCCUGUGAGGAAGGACUCCCUAGGCCGCUCAUCUGGCAAGGCGAGAAAGGAGACCGUGGGCAAAGGCUCCUUGAUUGGAGAGGCGGCUCUCUAUGGGGAAGCAUAUCCGUGUGCGGUGGUCUCCACAUCCGAAGUGAAGGUCUUGGUUCUGACGGCCUCGGACUAUCUGCACCAGCUCAUGAACAGGUCUUCUGUGCUCUCACGGCCCGAAGGCUAUGUGCCACCUGAAGGACCAGUGGGAGAUGCUGCUCAGGUGAAAGGCCGCCGAAAACUCAUCCAAGAGACCACCUCCUUCACGGCAAAGACCCUGAGGCUCAAGAAAGACCAGGUUCACGUGAAGGACCGAGAGUGGAAGGCCUUGCAACUUCGAGCGGAGAUGCCAAGCAAAGUGCCGCCUGGUGGUCAUCAUCGCUUGCUCUCGAUGGCCAAGAACCAGGGCCGGACGAACAACUUGGAAGAAGUUCCUGAGACCUUUGUGCAGAAGGUGCCCGUGAUCCCGGACGCGGGCCGUUCCGGAGAUGGAUAUCUGACGCGCUCGAUGAACCAAAAGCUUUCCAGCACUUCUCGAGACCUCCAACAGCUUCAGGCUGCCCAUCGUUCCCACACCGCCUUCCACUACCACGUGGAGGAAAUUGGUGGGUCCCCGCCUCCUCGUGCGCGGGUCUUGAGCGUUUCUCCAGGAAGUCGAAUGCUAAUGGCCUGCGGCGCCAUGUCACCGUGCCCUCGCUCACGAAUUCUGGAACCUGAAGGAACGGAGGAUGCCACAUGUUGCUGGGGCAGCCCAUGAUGCGAAUUGUGCGGCUGCACAGGGGUGAAGAAUUGGGCAUGGGUUCACUAGCAC